AUGUAUACUCCAGCGCAGUGUUUGAUGGUUAAGAAGUUAUCCUUCACACAGUUUUUCCUUGUGUUUAACUGUCAUGAGUAUGAGUUCUCUAUCAUGUAUAAAGCGAUUGAUGGUAUUCGCUUAUUAGAGUCUCCUGCCGACCGUCGAUUCACACCGUCUUCACACCCAGGAUGCACAGUUGCUUUGUAUACAAAAGAUUUUCGUAUUUAUGAGUUGACUGUCAACAGUGUCUUUGAUGCUCGCUCUCUCGAACAGGCGUUGGAUAUGAUGUUUUCAGUUGAUGAUGCGACACAACUUUACCCAUUCUUUUACAAAAUGGAUUCAUCGUCCCACCGAUGUAAAGUAGAAACUACAGAUUGGCCUAAAAAUAUUAAGGAAAUCUUGUGUACUGGGGAUUGGCGCAUAAGCGAUCUGAAUAAAAACUAUGAGUUGUGCAAUUCCUACUUCAAAAUGCUUCUAGUACCUGCUAAAUGUGAUGAUCAAAUGCUUAUAGAGAGUAGUCGUUUUCGUCAAGGUGGUCGUCUUCCUAUACUUCUUUACUAUCAUAAACCAAGACAGACCGCUUUGUUGAUAGCUGCAGAGCCAAUGAUUGCACAGGCUACUGGUGGAAACACUCAAAACACUGCAGGAACGCUUUUAUCUUCUCAUCCCGAUUUUGUGUCAGCAACACAGAUGACCACCAAUAGUAAUUCAUUAACAGGUGCCUUAAGUCAGUCUAAAUCUACUAAUAUGAUAAUAAGUCAGUCUUCUAAGAAUCCUGUAUCUCCUUUCAGUUCAACUUUGUUUAAUCGUUGUCGUUUUGAUGAACAACUACUUGCAUCUGUAUUACCAGACCGAUACAGAGGUGUUAUAUUGGAUUUAAGAACUCAAAGCGAAACCAAGAAACCACAAGUGACAAGUGGCCUUGUUGAAUUCGAACAAUACUAUCCUCAAUGGCGACGAGUUUGUCGACCUGUGGAAUCCACUGCCAAUUUAAAUAAUACCUUCAGAAAAUUCAUUAGUGCAUGUACAAUGUCUGGACGUUUAACGCGUUCUACAACUACAACAUUUAGUGCUAUUCAAUCAGGAAUCAGUGAUUCAUUUGGAAUGUUAUCUAAUGCAGCUCUUAAUCCCAUAAGUUCACUAGGACUACUUAACAAUAUCAGUAAUAAUAUCUCAGCAUCAGUAUAUGAUAAUCCAGCUAACCCGUUUACCGCUGAUAUUAAAGAAACGGUGAAUACACCUACAAGGAGGAGUAGUUUAGCUUUAAAUUCAAAUUCAUUAGAUAUUCAGUCGCCUAAUUCACCGAAUGAGUCGAAUAUAAAUACUAAUGCUGUGAAAAAAUCCAAAAGAUUUUCAGCCUGGUUAUCAUUAGUACGUGAAGCACUAGCAGCUGCAGUCGCUGGAGCAACAGCACUGGACGCUUUAGAUGCAUUUGCUCAACAACAAUUACAACAAGAACAAUGUUUAUUAGCGGAAAGACAAAGGAAACAAACCAAAAGCCCUAUUAUUGAAGAGGCCAAAUUACGUGGAUCUUAUGUUUUAGUUCAAAGUAGAAAGGGAACGGAUCGUGCACUUCUUGUUGCUGGUUUAAUUCAAAUUAUUCUUAGCCCUGAGGUUAGAACUAUACAAGGAUUUCAAACACUGAUCGACCAUACUUGGAUAAAUUCAGGUCACCCAUUUGCAGAUCGUUGCCGGAACUCAGCUUUCUCCCUUGAACCACCCAGAGAUGAAAGUCCAGUGUUUAUUCUCUUUUUGGAUUGUGUUUGGCAAUUACUUCGUCAGUACCCGAAUGCUUUUGAAUUUACUGAUGAAUUACUUUGUGAAUUGGCGAAACAUGCCUAUUUUUCGGAAUUCGGUACAUUUUUAGGAAAUUCACCACAAGAAAGAGAGCAACUUGAUAUCUCAUCGAAAACUGUUUCUCUGUGGUCAUACAUAAAUCAGCAGAAUGUGAUUGGUCGUUUUCGAAAUCCAUUUUAUUCCGGUCCAAAAGAUGGUAAUUUUCAAUCAUUAUCCACGGAUGGUUGUUACGCCUGUUGGCCAUGUUUAGCUGCACAAGCAUUGGAUGUUUGGGAAGAAUUAUAUCAACAACAAUUGGUUGGUACUCAUGUUGGACUUUGGAAAUUACCACGAGUUAUGGCACAUGCGAUUGUUGACAAAUUUGAAGCAGAACGUCUGAGAGCGAUUCAGCUACGCAUGACUCUCGAUCAACUGAUAAAUGAAGCAGUCAAUAAAAAUAUUAUUGUAAAUCAGUAA